AUGUCGCUCUCCUCCGCUUCCAGCACUCUGCUGCGCACCGUCGCUCGGCAGCAGCUCCCCACCACCCGCGCCGCCGUCACCUCCUGCCAGCAGCGGAGGGGAGUUGCCGAUGCGAAGUCGUCCUUCCAGUCUCCCUUCGCCAGCGCUAACGAGGCUGGCUCGACCCUGAAGAUCCCCGACUUCAGCAAGUACAAGUCCAAGAACUCAGCCCGCUCCAACCAGGUCUUCUCCUACUUCAUGGCCGGCUCCCUCGGUCUGGCCACCGCUGUCGGUGCCAAGGCUACUGUCCAGGAUUUCCUGGUCAACAUGUCCGCCUCCGCCGAUGUCCUGGCCCAGGCCAAGGUCGAGAUCGCUCUUGGUUCCAUUCCCGAGGGCAAGAACGUCAUCAUCAAGUGGCGUGGCAAGCCCGUCUUCAUCCGUCACCGCACCGAGGCCGAGAUCACCGAGGCCCGUGAGUCUAAGUGGGAGGGUCUUCGUGACCCCCAGCCCGAUGAGGACCGCGUCCAGCGUCCCGAGUGGCUCGUCAUGCUCGGUGUCUGCACCCACUUGGGUUGUGUCCCCAUCGGUGAGGCCGGUGACUACGGCGGCUGGUUCUGCCCCUGCCACGGUUCCCACUACGAUAUCUCCGGCCGUAUUCGCAAGGGCCCCGCCCCUCUGAACUUGGAGGUUCCCGUCUACAGCUUCCCCGAGGAGGAGACCCUGGUUAUCGGUUAA